AUGGCUUCCCCUAGCGUUCUCACCUUUGACGCUAAGGGUCGGGCAGUGGACUUUGAGGUCUGUGUAGAUGAUCUGCAGCUUUUCCUGCAGUGCGAUAGGGCAGACGGCCUCUCCCUGUUUGACUCACUUCUGGUGCCUCCCCUGCCCGUGCUGCUGAUGCUGACGCCACUGUUCGCUCACAUUGCACGCUACUCUUCCCCUGCCACUGCUGCACUGAGCCGCCUCAUGCUACCGUACCUCUUCCCUGACCUUGCUGCCUUUCCCACAGUCGCUGACCUCAUUACGCACCUCCGCACUAGUGACACUCGCUACUGCGCUGCGCUUCCUGCUGAGUUCUGCGCCAAGAACCCCCCCCCCAUGUACAUCACCCUCUACUACAUAGUCACCCGUCUCCCUGACUCUCUCCGUGUAGUCAGGGACCACUUCCUCUCUGUUUACCCCAACACUCUCACCGUUGACCUCCUCAAGAAGGCCCUCCUAACGAUAGAGAAUAGCAUAGUCGCUGUAGGAGCCUCUCGUGGUGACCCUCGCACCCCCGUCUUUGAGGGGUGUUCUCCCUCCCCCCUCUUGCCCUCUGUUGCCUCUGCUGCUGCGGCGGACCUCGUUGGUUUCGAGUCGGUCGGCGCUGCGUCUGCCCCGAGCGGGAGACGCCGCACCGGCAAGGGCAAGGGGGGCAAGGGCACUGGAGGGGGUGGAGGGGGCGGUGGAGGUGGUGGUGGAGGCGGUGGAGGGAGUGGGGGUGGUGGUGGGAGUGGUGCUGGGGGUGGCGGCGGCGGCGGCAGCAGUGGAGGCGGCGGAGGCGGUGGAGAGAUCCCUCGCUCGGGAGAUCUGGCUAAGGCCGGGGUUGCUAUCUUUGAUCUUGACUUUGAUGCUAUUCUUGCUGCCAUGUAUGCUGUUGCUGAUAGUGUUGAGGGUGCUGGUUACCUAUGUGUACCGCCUGACCCGGGCAUUGAGGCUGCUGCGCUAGGUGCUGGUGAGACUGCUGCUCUAGGUGCUAGUGCGUCUGCUGCCCCACGUGCCAGUGCGUCUUCCGCCCCAGGUGCUGGUGAGUCUGCUCUCUCAGGUACUACGUUAGCUCAGGCCUUCCACACCUUCACCCUGGACUCGGGUGCGUCUCGCUCCUUCUUUCGAGACCGCACCACUCUUACGCCGCUUAGUCGGCCAGUUGCAGUCUCCCUGGCAGACCCCUCUGGGGGUCCUGUCCUUGCUAGCUUCUCCACUGUCCUUCCGUGCCCUGCAGCCCCCUCUGGCACCCUGUCUGGCCUCUACCUCCCCUCGUUCUCUACAAACUUGGUGAGUGGAGCGGACCUACAGGAUCGAGGGGUUGACCAGUUCACUCCUGCGAGUCAGCGAGUGACCCACUGCAGGUGUGCUCGGACAGGCCGACACUUGGCCACGUUCACCCGUCGGCCAGGGUCGAGCCUGUACACCCUUACUGCUGAGUCUCCUCCUACUGCUGAUUCUGCCCAGGUAGCUGCGUCGAGUCAGAUGUUUGCUGCGAUGUCCAGAACAUUAUAG